AUGUUCAUCUGUAGAGCCUGUGUCCGGAGGGCCAGUCUUGCGAGUCUAGGAGGGCCAGCUGUCGCAGCCCAGGGCGUCGAAGCAUUAUUGCGAGCUGCAUCCGCCUCACCAAGAUCUGUCGCAACUGUCGCCGUACCGCCCGAAGAUGCGAUUCCGUUACGGGGCGAUCCUGAAGGGCGUACGGCUUCCUCGCUCAACUAUGCCACUCGCAAGCAGCUCGAGUUCAUGAGCGACCCCUUCAAGAUUGCCGAACAUGUGCAUGCCACCUUGAGCAAAGGUCGCUUCGAAGAGGCUCUCCUCCUGACGAGGAAGGCUAGCAAGGAUGCCAAGGUCACAGUCAGCUGGAAUCACCUUAUCGAAUACCAGAUGAAGUGUCUUCGGCUGAACGCCGCGAUCAAGCUCUUCAACGAGGUAUGUGGUUGCCUCUUUGAUCACCCUGGAGCUGCGACUGGAAUGGCUAACAUGGCGGUUGUGCAGAUGAAGAAAAGGGGCCAGCUACCUAACGCCCAGACAUAUACUGUGAUCUUCAAGGGAUGCGCACAAUCGCCGCACGCAAAGCUCGGCGUCGCAGAGGCCACGAGGAUUUACUACUCGAUGCUGAACAGCGAUCGUAUCAAGCCCAACACCAUCCACAUGAAUGCCGUGCUGCAGGUCUGCGCUAAGGCCGGCGACAUCGAGUCGCUUUUCAACAUAGUCAACACCACGAACGAUACGAUUCGCGCGCCAAGUAAUCUGACCUACACAACCAUACUCAACGCCCUGCGCGCGAACACGGUCCGGCCUUACACUCGGCCGGGAGAUGCCGGUGAUGUCCACCCGAGGCUAGAGGAGACUCAAUCCUCGAUCCAGCGGGCCAAAGCAGUGUGGGAGGAUGCUAUUAGUCGGUGGAGGAAGGGUCAGAUCACUAUCGACGAGGAGCUCGUCUGUGCCAUGGGCCGAAUACUGCUCCUAGGGUCGUUCAAGGAUAACGAUGACGUGCUAUCACUCAUCGAACAAACAAUGAACAUUCCUAGGCUCGACAAACCCGAGCUGGCCUCCCCAGCGGGCCAGAAGUCGCCGGACGGUACUGCUGCACCUGCAGGCCCCGCCGCGACGACCGCCAACAAGAGCUUCAAGUCGGUCCAGUUGUCGCAUGCGCUCUUUGCCCACCCAGGCCGCAACUCGCUGUCGCUCAUCCUGACUUCUCUUGGCGCGACUCGCAAGACGAGCCUGGCAAUACGGUACUGGGAUCUCUUUACGAGCAAGCAUGGAAUCGAGCCGGACUCGGAGAACUGGUACCGCAUGCUCAGGGUCCUCCGCACCGGCCACGCCAGCGAGAAAACAGCAGAGCUUCUGCAAAGGAUGCCCCCGCGGCUGAUGGAACCCAAGACGUUCCAGCUCGCUAUGGCGACAUGCGUGUCGGACAACCUCAACGACCACGCCUUUGCCAAUGCGGGCAAGAUCCUUGAUGUAAUGAUGAAGAACCUGACGCCACCCGAUCCGCAGACCCUGCGCCAGUAUCUCCGCGUCGCCAUGGCCAACCAUCGCAAGUUCCGGGUGCAGGCCGAGGGCGGGGAUGUCGAGGGUUCCAAGUUUGCCUUUGGACGGCAGAUCAUGAGGGCCGUGGACCGGCUGUGGGAGCCGCUGCGCCUGGUGCGAAAUUCACUCUCCUACCCAGAGACGCCGACCUCGUCCCCCGAAGAGGCAUGGGGCCAGCAGUACAAUGAGCGGCGGGAGGUCAUUGCCUUGUCACGGAGGAUUACGGCGGCUCUCGACAAGGUCAUCACCGAGGGCAUGGCGUCGCCCGAGGACCUGAAGAUGCUCAAGACGAGGAGGAAUGUGCUGAGCCGGUCGAUCACGCGGUUCUACGAGAUGAGAGAAGAGAUGGAGCCCAACUUGAAGCCCAAGAAUGGGCGCAAGAGCGUGCAGGCCAAGAAAGCUGGUGAUCUGCGUCUGCUGGACAAGAAAGCUUUUCGCCGAGAGCUGAAGGAGUCGGAAGAUAUCUGA